CUGACGCGUUAUAAGCCUCCCGACGUCCCGCGGCCGGCGUCUCAGUGGAGCGCCGUGCGCCGACCGGUUCGCACCCCGCUCCGUCACCACCGUCGCCGCGUUCACCUAUACCGGCACCGACGCGGACACGCACGCGGGCCGCCCAACGUGUAGUGUGUGUGUGUGUGUUUGGUGCGCCCUGCCGCGAGACGCAGCGCUAUCCUCCGGGCACCGUUCAGCACUCUUCGGCUUUCGGAGCUCCCGCGGCUGCUCCUGGGGAGGACUAGGCGUUCAGUGCGGCUAUACCCCGCGACAAUGAUGUUCAUCCCGGUGGUGCUCCUGGUGUUCGCGUCGUGCGCUGGAUUGUCGACGGCGCAGCGCUCGACUACGCCGAGCGUGCCCGUGCCUCGGGUGGAUCGCGCUCUGAUGGACUGGGCUCUGGAGCAGGGACUGGAAACGCAGCAGCACAUCUGGAACAUCACCGAGCCGGCGCUGUUCUCGAGCGGGGUGGCCAUGCGACCCGGUCAGCCGCCGUGGUUCCUCGGCGCCAUGGGCAAGACCAAGGUGGUCUCCAAGAACAUCUCGGCGCUGGCGCUCAUCACCGAGCAGGCCAGCAAGAACCUGGCCCGCGAGCUGAACCUGACCCCGCGUGACGUCACCUUCGGCCUCACCAAGGUGGACGUCCGCGGCACCUUGGCGCAGGCCCUGUGCCCUUACAAGACGGGAAGGCUGGCGCCGCCCUGCUCGGCGCAGCGGUUCAGGUCGUACGACGGCUACUGCAACAACCUGCAGAACCCGUACUGGGGCAGCGCCAACCUGCGCUACCUCAGGUUCCUGCCGCCCAGCUAUGCCGACGGCAUCAGCUCCGUUCGUGUAGACUCCCGCGGCCGACAACUGCCCAGCGCGCGCACCGUCAGCGCGUCCAUGUUCCUGGACCAGGACCGGCCACACGACCAUGCCUCCAUGAUGACCAUCGCCUGGGGGAAGUUCAUCUUCCACGACAUAGCACACACGGCUCAGAGCGCCGGUUUCGAAGGGUCGCGCGUGAAGUGCUGCAACGUGGCCGAGGGUUUUGAGCACCCUGAGUGCAUGCCUAUCGACGUGCCGGCUCAAGACCCGUACUAUGGCCGCUUUGGACAGCGAUGCCUCGAGUACGUGCGCUCAAGUGCCGCGCCUCGGGAGACUUGUGGACUGGGACCACGGGAGCAGAAUAACCAGGUGACUUCGUUCCUGGACGGCUCGACCAUCUACGGCUCGUCCGAGGCCGAGGCCAAGUUCCUGCGCGCCUUCGAAGGUGGCCAGCUGCUGAGCCAGCGGACUCCCGCCGGGGAAGAGCUGCCUCCGGCCGACCUGGCCACCCUGGACUGCCGCCGCGGAUCGCAGGACCCGCCCUGCUUCUCGAGCGGAGACCCUCGCGUCAACGCCGAACUCGGUCUGGCCAUGAUGCACACCGUGUGGCUCAGGGAGCACAACCGCGUGGCGCGAAGCCUCCAGGGGCUCAACCCACAAUGGGACGAUGAGAGGACUUUCCAGGAGGCUCGCCGCAUCGUGGGUGCCGAGAUGCAGUUCAUCACGUACAACGAGUUCCUACCGGCGCUGCUGGGACCGGAAGUCGUCGAGCGGUUCGGACUGCGGCUCGAGAACCAGGGUUACUUCCGGGGAUACGACGCCCGGCGCCUGCCGGGAGUCACCAACGUCAUGGCGGCAGCCGGUGUUUGGGCCAUGACCUCCGCUGCACCCGCACAGGUUGAGCUGUUCGACCCUGGCCGCUUCCAGCGUCUGGGCAGCCUGCCGGAGACGGCGUUCAAGCCCCAGGAGCUGUACUCCCGGCUCAAGCAGAUCGCAGCCGGCGCACUGAUGCAGCACGCCCAGAAGAUGGACAACUUCGUCUCGCGACACGUCACCCAGGACAUGUUCGCCUCUUCCAACAGAGAGGCCGGCAUAGAUUUGACAGCUGUGGCGAUCCAGCAAGGACGGGACCACGGCCUGGCGGGCUACACCCGCUGGCGCCAGUUCUGCGGCUUGCGGACCAUCGACGACUUCGACGGCCUGUCGCGCGUCAUGAGCUCGGACGCCGCGUUCAGGCUGAGCCAGCUGUACCCCACUGUGCACGACGUUGACCUGCUGCCCGCCGCCCUCGCCGAGACCCCCGUGGAAGGCGGCCUAGUCGGUCCCACGCUCGCCUGCAUCUACGCCCACCAGUUCCGGCACCUGCGCGUCUCCGACAGGUUCUGGUUCGAGAACGCCAACCAGCCGUCUUCAUUCACCGAGGACCAGCUGCGUGAGCUGCGAAAGACCAGCCUCGCUCGGGUCCUCUGCGACAACGUGUUCCUCAGGUCAGGCGGAGGCGUGGUGCAGCCGCGCACCAUGAGGGUUCCCGAUCCGUGGCUGAACAACCUCAUGUCGUGCGAGGACAGGCUCCUGACGGACGUUGACCUGGACGCUUGGCAGGAAGGCUCGAGGCUGCUCAACGUACCCGACUCGGUGCUGCAGGACGCCUUAGCCGACCUGGCGGCGUCCCAGGGAGGCCAGUUCGGCAGGUUCAACAGCAGAGGCGGGUUCAUGAGGGCCACAGCGGGAUCCAGGAGUAUACAUAACCAGUCCGAGGCCCUGGAGCUGGCGACGAGGCGCCUGCUCAAGGCGAUGAAAAAAGGCGAGAGCAGGCAAGACGUCAUCCCGGCACUCAGGCAAGUCGAUCUGUCCAAGUUCGCCUCAGAGUUCGAGGAACCGGCCGCCUGCGAAGAAGAGACACUCGGUCCGUGCGAUCAAAGGACUCCGUUCAGGACACUUUCGGGCCGGUGUAACAACCUCAGGAGGCCCAACCUGGGAAAAGUGGGCCACAGCUUCCGAAGAGUUCUGCCAGGCCUGUACGAAGACGGCGUGUCUGCGCCACGCUCGCGAAGUGUCACCGGAACGGCACUUCCUAGUCCCCGACUAGUCUCCUUCGCGGUCCACGGAGACUCCAGCCGCCCGCACCAGCGCUACACCAUGAUGCUCAUGCAGCUGGGACAGUUCGUCGACCACGACAUUGCGCACACGCCUCUUGCCGAAGGUCCCAACGGGGAGACGCUGCGAUGCCGAGCUUGCGACUCGCCCCGCCGAAUCAAUAAGGAGUGCUUCCCCAUUCCCAUCCCUAAGAAUGAUCCGCACUUCCCUAGCGUCAGCCGGAAAAACCCUAACAUCCCCCAGUGCCUUCCCUUCACUAGGUCCAUGUCUGGGCAGAGGACUCUCGGAAGUAGAGAACAGAUAAACCAAGUGACGGGAUACAUGGAUCUGUCGACCGUGUACGGUUCAGACGACUGCGCCAGGGAAGAGCUCAGGCUCUUCCGCGGUGGGCAGCUUAACAUGAGUGCACAUCCAGCCGGAGCGCAGUUCAAGCCGCUGCUGUCCGAAGUGGACGGCGCUGCCGACUGUAUUUCCUCCAACGGCCGGUGCUUCAUAGCCGGAGACACGCGCGUCAGCGAGCAGCCCGGCCUCACUUCCAUGCACACCAUCAUGUCGAGGGAACACAACCGUGUGGCACGCUCUCUUCAAAGCCUCAACCCGCACUGGAACGAUGAGCGUCUCUUUGAAGAAGCGAGACGCAUCGUGGGUGCCAUGUAUCAGCGGAUCGUCUACUCGGAGUUUAUACCGCGGACGCUGGGCUGGGAAUCAGUGAGUCGCUGGGGCUUGCACCUACUCGACGAAGGUUACUACACUGGAUACGACCCCAACUGUGACGUAGGAUCCUUCAACGAGUUCGCGACGGCCGCUUUCCGCUUCGGCCAUACGCUGCUGCCCCCGGUGCUGAAGUUAGUAGGCCCCGCGUAUGACGAGCUGGGAGGCCUCAAGCUCACCGAUGCGUUCUUCAAUAGCCAGACCCUCUAUCGUAGGGAUAGGUUGGACCAACUGCUGCGAGGUCUUCUCUCGACGCCCAUGGAGAACUUCGAUAACCACGUGACUGAGAUGGUGACGAACCACCUGUUCGAGUCCAAGACGGUGCCCUUCUCCGGCCUCGACCUGGUGGCCAUAAAUCUUCAGCGGGGUCGCGACCACGGACUGAGGACGUACAACGACUACCGCGCUUUCUGCGGGCUGACGCGAGCCCGUUCCUGGUCCGAUCUGGAGGGCCACAUUCCGCGCACGACGCUGCGGGCCAUCGCCGGAGUGUACCGCGACGUUGAGGACGUGGACGUGUUCACGGGCGGACUGUCCGAGUUCCCGUUGGCCGGUGCCGUGGUUGGACCGACGUUCAGCUGCCUGCUGGGCUUCCAAUUCCAGCGACUUCGACGUUGCGACCGCUUCUGGCACGAGAACGGCGACGCCGUGGUGAGGUUCACGCCCGACCAGCUGGCGCAGAUACGGAAGGCCUCGUUGGCCAAAAUCAUCUGCCAAAACUCCGACACGACGCGGUUCAUCACUAGGAAGGUGCUAGACGUCUACGACCCCUUCCUUAACCCAAGGGUCUCCUGUGGUAGCAUACAAGACGUGGACCUGAACUUCUGGAGGGAGAACUUAGUGUAGACAAGGACCUUGAGCGACGACCAAGACCUUCGUGUGAGAGCAGCGGAAUGCCGCUACGCGGCGCUCGAGCUGCCGUCGUCACCCCACGCGGUAACGAUGACCUCCACUCUGGAGAAAAACUGAACGUGAUAAUGUGACGUCACGAGCCGUCAUGUGACGGAAGUGUCCCACCCAAACGGCAUUCAACGAAGGAGCUCUCCGAGGGAUCACAGUUGCGAAACUCUGCGUUUUUGUUUGUUUGUUUUCUUCGAGAGUGUCCACUGCGGUGGGUGUGCGUUACCGUGUAACGGUCGUGUAUUUGCAUAUAUGCAUUUGUGAGUCCCUUAUGACGUAUUACCCUUCACGGAGUACCGGGCUACCAAGAUGCAGGCGUAAGCAGUGACAUGAGGUGAUCAUGAUUAUUAUGGUAACUUUUCUUCGCAUCCCUUGUGAAGCGGAGAAGUGACAAAUUGCGAUCGUACGCUCCUAAUUACGUCUUGCUAAAGUGCUAGAUACAACCAGGACACUCGACCUUCUUCGUCCGGUUUCCUGGCUAUAACUAGUACUCUACCCGGGCUCUUGAUUGAGAGUUAGUUAGCCUGUUCGUUAUGAUCAGGUGUUCUUGCACGUACUGCAGUCAGUAGCAUUCUGGCCAUCUCUUUCCAAUUGUUUCUUUCGUCACUCAAGCCUCCUUACCUACAUUUUACUGCUAAAUGCGCCUGCCACGGUACCGGUUCUUCCGAUUUCCUGCCCUGCUUUUUUUUUUCUCCUCUAAUAGUCUAAACAUGUCUCGCUUAUUUUAAAACCGCUGACUAGCUGAGACAAUUCCAGCCGCUUCGAAGCCCAGCGCAUACGAGACGACAGAAUAACAGUUCCGUCCACGUUAGUGGCGACAUCUUGCCGAGCAAGGUUUACGCGGAGCGGACAGCGAGCUAUUACUGCCAGCGACUCACUGUAUUCUGCGUGACUAUUAUUGAAUAGUGUUGGUAUCAACCUAUAGGUUAACACGUUGUCCUUUCUUUGUUUUCCUUCAUAGGGAACACGUAUGUAAAGGAGUUUGUAGAGCUAGUGGACGCUUUGAAGUUGAACCAGAAUCUUAGGAUGCCGCCAUUGCUUUUGAUAAUGUUGUCCAAGUUCCCUACAGUAGGGUACUUCGUAAAGGGUAAUAGGUCAACGGUCAAGCAAACGGCCUUUUCUGUUAUGAAAAGGCGGCCCGUAAAUGCGGUCACGUGGUUGCUGCGAACAGUGUUAUGACAAGGGAGUACUGACAACCAUGGUUUCAUUUUAUUUGAAGCUUGGAGGGCGCGGGUGGAACAAUACUGGCCUGCCUCGCAUUUAUGUUCACUUUUACACUACUUCUACUUCCUGGUUAAUGUCCGUUGACUCCUCUGGCGGUGUUUGUUAGACCUGCCCACGCCCUAGCAGAGUCAAAUUACGUACACAGAGGGAGUACGACAGCUCUUAGAAAUGGAGUUCGUUCAGGAAGUGUGGUUAGCAUACUGUGCAGCCUUCGCUCGUACGCCACACAUUUGCCGCAAAUCUCCGUCGUUCCAUUUCACAGUGCCGCUUUAUUUUAUGCGCACGAAAGAUAUGUACUGGCUAGACUUUGUUUUGUUUCUUUUUUUUAUCCAAAUGUAGCGUGUUGAAUGAAUGCGACCCAUAGGUACUGGAAAAACCGCAGUUUCGCAUCUAUGCUCGCUCGUUGCUCACGAAUGUUCAUUUUCGCACUGACGUAGGCGCCAUCAUCACGCUUAGACGCGCAUUACUAAACGUUAUUCAGAAUGCCUAUAGAAUGGCUUUUUUAUCACGCUACUCAUGUCGUCGAAAUCACGCAUAGCGCCAUCACUUUCACUAAAGCAUGCCUUCACGUGGAAUCCAGAAUAAUGUAUGCGUGUAAACCUGCGCAAUCGCUUUCGGAAACUAUACGUGCUAAUUUCGUUUGUUUACGUGCAGUUUAGACAUCACGACGGCAUAGUUCUUGCUGAGGGCAUGGUUUCGGUGAUAAAAAUUGACGGGCUACGUGUACAGUAAUAGCUAAUGACGUCGAUUGGCGAGAUAAAUGUCACGUGUCCAGUCUCAAGGCUGUCUCUCAGGCAACUUCAGUGCUAGAACGCCAAGCGUUACCUUAUUCAGAUUUCGUUUAUUGGUGCCCAUGACACGUAGUCUCAAACACAAGCGAAUGAGGAGAAGGAAAAGAGUUUUGAAAAGAGAGCAGCGAAGUCACAACUGCUAUUGUAUAGUGGUUACUCUCUCAUCAGGCCACCCGACGUCAUAGCACGUGCGAUAAACGCGUUACGUCACAACUCCGUGCUUGAAAUAAGCGCGGCCGCAGAAUGACUGAUCUAAAGGAUGACGUGUUUACUGUUUAAAAUGCCCCAAUAAACUACAAACGAUUUGACUGUGGGCAAACCAUGUGCAGUUACUAGGGAAUGCUACCAACCCGCCCGUCUAAUACACGCAAGGUGAACCCCAAGUUAUCGAAAUAAGUGCAAAGCUUCGCUACGUUUAUCUAUCGUGAGAAUAUGUUAAACGCCUCCGCACGAGAUCAUUUUUCGAAACCUUAAAUGGACAGCUUAUGGCUCUCCCGUAGUGGAGUACCGUCUACUCUGAAACGUAUCUACUUUUUCUAAGCAGGAUUAUCAAAUCCAAACUGUUACGUAAUGUCCGACUACUGAAUACUACCUAUUUCCCGUGGUUUCCAGUCGACGCCUUGUAAGCGUAUUUUGCUUACACAAUUCAGCAUCAGAGAGCUUAAAGGAGACAAAAAAAAAACAUUUAAACGAUACGGCACACAUCUAGCAAACAGUGAACCGGGGCAUUAAAAUAUCAUUAGGUGCUCAAGUGACCGCACGUCUAACCAGACGCUGGCCGAUACACACUACGUACAAAACUAUAGCGCGCUGUGCUGAGUGCAGACCGGAAAGAUGCAACGAAUAUUCUGCAAACCAUUCUCUAUUCGCUGAUGUUGCAUUGCUGAAAGGGCUUUGUUGAUGAUACAGGUCGCUUACUGCCGUUACAAACGUGCACGCUUGAACGUGCGGUAUGCUCCUAACAUUUUUUGUGGCAAUGACAAAAUUUAUUGGUCGCUAUGCAGAUCACACCCUCAGUAUAUCGAGUCUGUGCAAUGUGUCCUUACAAGUCUGCUCCAAGGGCGCAAUAAGCAAAGAGACACCUGUUACGUCAUAUUUUGCCACCAGAUGUGUAUGAUAUGAAGUGCUGUAUUUAAUAGAUGAGUACUUGUAUCCUGUGAUUCACGAAACGAAAAAAAAAAAAACGGGAAAGAACACAGAUACACAUGCGUCAGUCGUUUCUGAGGCAACUUCACUAAACUCCUUUCGUACCUCCAAAUAAAAUGACGCGGUCUGAUGCUUCCUUUGAACACCGCGUGUAGCAGCAGUCACCCUAGCCUGGCUGCGCAGUUUUGACAGCCAUGACAAAUGCAUUCCUUCUGUAUGUCGUAUUUCCAUGUUUGUAAAUAAACUGUUGUUCAUAGUUCCUUAA